AUGCAGCGGUUCAUCGUCAUGGGCCGCGGCAGCAGCCGCGCAGCCUCCGACGACCACCGGUGGACUGCGAUGCUCCAGGCUCUUCAGCAACCAAGCCCUACACAGCACACGGCAUGCCUGGCAGAUCUACAGGAGUGGCUUUCGUACGCGACAGAAGGGUCGAUUGGACAUUUCCCUCUUGAGGCGUUUGUCUCUGCGCUGUUUGAUCUCCUGGACGGGAAGCCGGCGGCGUCGCCUUUUCCGCGGGCUUUGGCGGUUUCUCGGCGACUCUCUGCAGCUUCGUCAGUGCAUUCGCAGAGCGGAGCGCAUGCAGCGAGUCCCCGGGGACGACCGGGGCGAGAAAGAAGCAGAGAGGCUGGCGCAGAGAACGAGGGAGCGACCCCCGGUGAGGCUUCAGAGAAGCCGCGACGCCGAAGAGGCAGAGCCCAGAGGCAAAGUCAAGACCCUGGUGAAAGCGCGACGGGCGAAAAGCCGCAGGCGACAGAACUCAGUGACACGUCGGCUUCUCAAGCCUCUCACGCAAAGGAAGAAGGCGAGAAGCAGAACGGUGGCGCAAGAGAAAGAGACGAAGGAAGAGGAGACGUAGAGGGAGGCGAAGGAGAUAGAAGCGAAGAGCGAGGGGAGAAAAGUGGAGCGAGAGGAGAGAAAAGUGGAGCGAGAGGAGAGAAAAGUGAAGAGAGAGGACAGAAAAGUGAAGAGCGAGGAGAGCGAGGUGAAGCGAGAGGAGACAGAAGUGAAGAGCAAAGAGAAAUAAACGAAGAGCAAGGAGAGACGGAAGAAGCGGGGCGAUCGUCUGUAGGGUCGGGAGAGUCUUCAUCGAGAGUUCGUGGCGAUGGAGAAGAGACUGAGGAAGGCGAGGGGGAGAGACAGCAGCCACAGGGGACGCGAACUGGAAGUCUGGCAUUUGAGCUUGGAUCUCUCGCCGUUCGCUUCGGCCUCGACGCGGGGCGCCCAGAGGGGCUCUUGGGGGGCGAAGAUGACUUUGGUUUUGGUGGCAUGGGAGAAGAAGAUGAACUUCUGCUCCUGCAGCAACAGGCUGCUCUCCUCGGAGAAGAUGACGCAGAUGGACAAGUCCAGAAAAUGCUCCUCGUCGCAAACUGUCUCUUUCUCCUCCUCGACCUUCUCCCCGUUCAAGCUUCCGCCGCCAUCGUCCGGCAACCGCGGUAUCUGCGCAUCCUCAACAGCAAGCUAACAAGCAUCGAGUACAUUGACCUCGCAGAGAAAAUUUUGCAGUGCAUGGAUAAGCUGACGGAGGAGCAGCCGCUGAGCAUUUUUCUGGCGGGGGGGCUGCAGGCCUGUCUUUCUUUCCUGGAUUUCUUCUCGCUCGACGUGCAGAGACGCACGAUGAAGUCUGUCGCCAGGCUUUUCAAAACUGCUCAAACCUGGGCCUCAACAGCAUCGCUCUCCACUUCUGCGCGGAGUGGAGGCUCUUCGGGGCGGGGCGGCGAGGCAAACCGACAGGACAGAAACGACAAAGACUCUUCGUCUCUCUCGUCGUAUUCGUUCCCCUCUUCUCCUCUCCCUUCUUCUUCUCCUCUCCCUUCUUCUUCUUCUCCUCUCCCUUCUUCUGCUAUUCCCUCUUCCUGUUGCUCCGCUGGCUCCGGAGGUAGCCUACAGCGACGUGCGGUCUGGCGUCGGAGAGAGAAGGACGGAAGAGAAUACUGGCCAGCUGACGGCAUUGCACGCUACAUGGAGAAGAGACUUGAGCAGCAGCGGGAAGAACUGAAGAGACUCGUCCUGCCCGUCCUCCCCACUCUGUCUUCUCUCCUCACCUAUGAAGACGAUACGCUUGUUCAGUACGCUUGCCAGUGUUGGCGGAGCUUCAUCGACUCGCUUGUUUCCCUGCACCUGCGUGCGGCUUCUUGUGCGCCUCCGUGUCCUUCGAGUUCCUCUGCGCCUUCGCACGCUUCUCCAGCUUCGGCAGAGGGGUCGAUCGCGUCCGCGCCCGCGGGGGAGGCUUCUGCAAGUGUCGAUUCUGCAAGCGCUUUGCAUCAUUUGUGCCGGCGAUUUGGACAACAAGGACCUGCUGGAGACAGUGCCUUAACUUCGUCCUUAUCCUCCUCGUUCUCGCCCGCUUUCCCUCGUGUCUAUGCCUCUUUCUCUCCUCCUCUUGCGUCUACCUUCACUUCGUCUCUCCCCUCUUCGGUCUCUCCUGCUUUGCGUCCGUCUGCUUCUUCUGCUUCUCCUGCUUCUGCUUCGCUGAUUCCAGAGCGCGGGACUGCAUGUCUGUCCGACCUUUCUGGGGGGGGGGAGGGAGAGCGUGACGAGCGUGUGCGGUGGAUCGAAGACACUGGGAAGAGGUACCGAGACAGUCGUGGGCGACUGGGCAGGGAACUGACAGAGGUCGCUGCCUCUGCCCUCGUUCCGAAUCUCCUUGGACUCAUUGCCCGUCACGUGGACUUUGCGGUUAGCGCAACGAACGAAGAGAAAGAAGAAGGCAUGGAGUCUCUCCAGAAGGCAUGCGUCGCCGACGCCGCCCACACCCUAGCGGUGCUGGCGAAUUUUAGUACCCAGCUCGCGGAGGAGGUCCUCAGAGACCCCAGGUGGAGAAGCGUCGACCGAGUCAUGCAUGCAGUGGGAGAAGGUCCUGAUUUUACGUUAUUGCUGCGGUUCGUCUGUCUGGGAGUUUCUUUGUUGCCGGCGAUUGUCUUCAACCUCCCGCUGUUCUUCGAGCACCUGCGCGUGGACAGCGCAUGCAGUGCGUCUCCCACGAAGAAAAAGCGGCCGUCGUCGAAAUGCGUCUUUUCUGAGAAGGCGGCGCAGGAGACAAGAGAAGAGGGCGAGAGCCCGGCCGUCGCCUCGACUCCCAACACACUUUUUUCGGGGAAACGAGGCGCGUUACUCGAAGCCUCCCGUCUCCUUCUCCCCGAUGGUGACCGAAGUCGCCUGUUCGUGAAAGAUCCCGAGCUUUUUGGGUCACUUUUGAGGACGUUUGCGGGGUCGCUGUUGCAUCUGUACGACCGUGCUCUCUCCUCCGAACUUCUGUUGCAGACACUGCAGUUUCUCCUCAGCUGCGUCGUGACGGCGAGCGCAGCAGAAGUCGCGGACGGCGCCUAUGCAUCCGGGUCGAAGGAGGAGACGCAGGGGCGAGGUGUGACUGCUGGGAGCGAGGCUGUGGAGAAACAACGAAGCUUGAAGGAUGAACUUCUCGCCGAACUUGACAGCGUUCAACUCGCGGAGUUCCUGGCGUUCAUUCUCCAGACAAAGCCGGCUGCGACGGCCGUGACGGCCGCACUCAGUGUCACGCUUGAACUUCUUUGUCUCGCGCCGAAGAUCUUUCUUCCGGUCUUCUUCAAGGAAGGAGUGAUUGCCUUCGUUAGACAAGACCUUGAAGCCGCGCUCGAGGAAGGCGCCCUUGCGUCGCUCCCUUCUUCUCGCUCGCUAGCUGCUGCUUUGGCGCUGCCGUCCUCCCCUCCCUCUUCUCCCCUCGCGUCUUCUCUCGCUUCUCUCUCUUCGUCGCUCUCUUCGUUCUCCACGUCGUGGCAGACGAGCGCGCGCGGCGUUCGUUCGACUCCGGCCGCGGGUGCUCACCUUGAAGACGGCGGCACAAAAGGCUCCGCCUCGCCUGCAGGCGCGGCUGCGUGGCGAGGCCAGGCGGCCGGAGGAGAGGACGAGGAGAUGGAUUUCGCCUCGGUUUUCCCGCUACGCUGGUGCCUUGCCUUCUCCUCGUCCGGUCACGUAGCGACGAAUCUGUCGCGUCUCUCGCUGUGGAUGCAGGCGGCAAUUCUGCUUCUCCCCAGCGUGCAGGCGUCCUGUGCUCGUUCGUUGUCUGUCCUGCCUGCUGCAGGGGAAGACGCAGACGCAAGGGGAGGCGCGACAGGGUCGCAAAAAUGCCCUUGGGACCCCCGUUCGAAGCCGAGAAGCACGGCCAGUGCGCUGCCGCCCUUCGGCUCUGCGACCGCCUGUGACUCUUCGGUGCUCCCGAGGCUUCACAGAGUCACGGCGCUCUUGUCGGCUGGUGAGGCCGAAGGGGCAAACGAACAGACGAAGGCCAGCAAGGAAGAAGGAGAGCAAGCAAGAGGCCUCUGUGGCAGGGAGGAUGCAACGCCUCUGCAGGAACAGACGGGAGAGAGCGAGCGCGAGAGAGCGUGGCGUGCGUUCGUCGCCCUGAGAGAUCUCCUUGAGGGAGAAGAACAAGUCUCCGCCUUCGAGUUCAUCGUCUCCGAUGUCGCCACUGCCCUCGCGCAAUUUCUCGGCGGCCUCGAAUUUGCGCAGGCAGAAGGCGAAACGAAGCAAGCGGCCAGCGAAAAAGAGAACUCCGAUCUCUCCUCCACUCCGCCCCAUGGCGACAAAAUGCGCAGAUGGCACAGGCUCCCCACAGGAGAGACAGAGGAGACAGAGACAGGAGAAACGGAGACAGGAAAGACGGAUGUCCUCGAGGAGACUUUGCCUUUCUGUUCCCGGGGAGAGAGCCGGUGGAAGGGGCAAGGGGAGGCGACGCGAGCGGAGACACUCCACGCGCGCUUGUGCCUCUUCUUGCGCGCGUUCGCCUUUUCCUCGGCGCUCGCGCCUCAGACGCCUUCGGUCUCGCUUUGGGGAGACCUCGACUGGUCUCAGGUGGAUGGCUCUCUCUUGCUUGUGCUCGCGUCGUUGUGCAUGAAGAGUUUGGGUCGCGCCGGGAACUCGAGGCUCGUUGUGAAAACGGUGUUCUCGUCGAGUGAGAAAAACGCGAUUGGAUCUUCUUCGUCCUGUCUCCCACCGCACCUGCGCCCGUCGACGCCUCCAGGCUUCUUUUCAGAUCGCUCGGGCACCAGAGGCCACAAACUGCAGCCUGUAUCUCCUCGUUAUUCUCUCUCUGCAAACGCCGCGUCGUCUCCAGACCGAAGCGAAGGCGACGAAUCGAAGGCCAGCUCUUCAGUCCGCGGGCACCCACACGCAUCUGAACGACCUACACUUCGACCUGCAACAGACCACAACGAGACGCAGGGGUCUUCUCUCUCGGGGGUGUCUUGUGGAGGGUGGCGGUCGGCUUCGUCCGAGCAUCCAGGAGGCGAGUCGUCUUUGUUUCGUCGCGUGCGGCUCUGCUACGGCCUGCCUUCCGGGUACGCGUCGCUCUUCGCGCCGCGGUCGUCGGGGGACGGCGCCGAGGAGGAGAGCCACGGCGGCCAGGUCCUGUCUUGGGAGGAGCGCGGAGGGGGUGCAGCGAAGAUGAGCAGAGACAGUGGAGGCAGAGCCGCGGCUGUGGAGGAGACGGUGCAUGCGAAAUUGCCAAGAGAAGGCGCAAACGCUCAGGCCUAUCAGGAGACCACGGAGGACGUCGUCACCCUCUUCGGCUCUCUGCACAGGGAGGUGAUUGUGCGGCUCUCACCUUCGGCGCGGGAGCAGAGAAGGACCCAGCUGCGGGCGGCCGAGGCCCAGGAGACGGACAGAGACACGUUCGCGAGAAACGCGACGUCGCCGCAGAGAGAACAAGGCGUGGAAGUCGAGCCAGGCCACUCUGGGGAGAAGCGCGGCGAGAAGGGAGGAGCGCAGAGGGGUGGCGACGGCGGACUCGCGAAGCGACGCAGAGAACACGAGAGCGGAAGGGCAGAGGGCGAGGAUGUAGGUGUCGAUGGAGCGCGUGGGGGCGGAGAGAAGCCGGGCAGCGGGGGGGGAGAAGAGGCGAGGGAGGAGAGUUCAGAAUCAAGGCUAGAAGACAGAAGAGGAGCGCGAGAUGAAGAGUCGCCAGCUCGACGUGCGUCUGCUCGCGCAGAGGCGAGGAAGGCGAGGGGAGGCGAGCGAAGACGCCGGGGCGCCGGGAGCGUACCCCGAGGUUCAGAGACACGGAAUGGAACUGAGUCUGCUUUGCUUUCCUCCUUGGUUCGACAGUUGCUUCCUUCGUCUCUCACGUCGUCUCAGGCGGAGAGAAGCGAAGAAAACGCUCCUGGAGCGUCCGCGGACCUUCUGUCUCUCUUGGUGCAAGCAGCCGUCCUCGACGAAGAUGACGAAGACGCAUUCGCUGCGGAGGACGAACUCCUCUUCUCCCGGUCCACAAGGGAAACUCAUGAAGAGUCGUCCUCUCAGGGGCGCCCCGGUUUCAACUCUCUUCUCCCUUCUCGGUCUUCUCAUGCUCCGAGCCGCCGAUCCGCGCCGCCCUCACCUCUCUGUGGACCUCCUUCUUCCUCUUCUGCAUCUUCCUCUUCUUCGACUUCUUCUUCCUCUUCUUCCUCUUCGACUUCUUCCUCUUCUUCCUCUUCUUCUGUUGUCUCUCACGAGCAGGCGUUACAUCAUAUGAUCGACAAGCUGAGUGCGUCUUUAGGCCCAGAUGCGUUGCGCGCGGUGUCGGGUGCGGAGGGGAGGUCGGUAGGGAGAGUGUUCCCGUCUCUUUUUUCGCGCGGUGCCUCGGCGGCUCAGCGCUGUGAGAGCGGCUCGGCUCAGAGAGGGUCGUGGAGACAACACGGCGUAGGGAACGGCGAGCGAAGAGACAGAGCAGUGCACUCUGAGUUCAGCUACCUGCUGGAUGGACAAGCCGCCGUGAGCUGUCUGGAAGCUUUUGUGGAGAGAGAGAUCGGAGGUCAGAGAGCGGCCAACGCGGCACGCAUGCAACGGCACAAGCAACUUACGCAGCAGCGCGGGUGCGAGUCUUCUUCGCGAGGGCGGACGCGCGAGAGCGAAUAUGGCAAAGAAAAAAGAAAGACCGAGAAAGAGCGCGGCGCGACGAGCAGCGCUCGGGACCACGGCGUCGAAGGAGGAGCCCAGGGAUCACGCGAGGGCGACCGACAACUGGCCCAGAACGAGACGGAAGAAAAGAAGAAGGACGAAGGGAAAGAGAAGGACGAAACCGAAGAUGCGGGAGAGGCGAAAGUGAAGCAAGAGAAUGGGGAAGAAGAGGUACGGCCUGAGGAGGAGAGGAAGAAUGGUGAGAGAGAGACUCAAGAAGGAGGCACGACGCGCCGCAGACGAGCUCUGAGCAGAGGGACGUGCCCAGGGAGAAGCGGCGAUGUGCAGAAGAAGGAAAGGAGACCCGCGACAGAAGAGAAGAAAGAGAAAGAAACGGAGAAACGAAGAGAACGCCUGAAAGAGAAGACGGGAGUUGCGACAAGCCGCUCGACAGACGGAGGACGGCCACGCAGGGAGAGACCGAAGGAGACAGCCGUAUGGCAGACUGCGAGCGGCAGCGGACGCAGAGGACGCCGUUCACGGAGGAAAGAAGAAACUCCGCAAGGUGCUCCGCCCCAUUCGACAAAAAGCGAACAGAAGGAAGAACAGGGUCUAGAGAUGGAGACAAAGGAGACGAAGGAGACAAUGGAGGCGAAGAACCCAGAAGACGAAGGUCUGGAGACACGAAGCAAGUCUGCUCAAGAUGCGAGUGAAGACUCAGGAGCUAACCAAAGGAACGAGGAUUCUUGCGAACGCGCGAGCGACGAGUCGAGCUCGUCAGCUGGAGAGAGGCACGAAGACGGGGAGGAAGACGACGAAGAGAUGGCAGACGUUGUUUGUGGGAUGUUGGAAGAGGAAGAAGACGAAGACGAUUUAAGUGAAGAAGCUUUAGAUGAAGAAGAGUCGCCGCAUUUGAUGCGUCGCCUGGAGAGACGGCAGCGGGGGUUGAGGGCUUUACGGAGUGGAGACGAGGGGGGUGGUUUCUUUUCUCUGGAACGCCCAGAGGAGACGAGCAGCGGCUUCGACACGAGCAGCGACGAGGAUCUGGCGGCUGAGUUUGAGAUUCUUUUAUCGGAACGCUGUUCGCUCGGCGAUCGGUCGCGUCUCCUCGCCGCCGACGCCGCGAGUCUCUUCUCCCCGGCCUUUGCUUGCCCAGCCCGACGCUACCUGAACCGCUCUGGAGUCUCUUCUCCCCCGCAUCCCUCUUCUUCGUCGACUUCUUCUUCCUCUCCACCGACAUCUUCCUCUGCUUCGUCGACUUUUGUCUCUUCACGCGUCACUGGGAGGCUUGGGGUGUGUCAUCGCGGAUUCUUUUCUGCCAAGACGGUGCCGCCGUUGGCCUCUGCAGUUUCGUCCGGCGCCCUCGGAGUCGAGGCGGGAGAUGAAAAGGCGAAACCGAACAUCCAGCUCUUCGUCGGGGGACUGCCAGUUCCCGCUCACAUGCCUCUGACCGAAGCGCUCUGUAGGUACAACCGGUGUUUCCCUGCAACGCAUGCAGUGCGCCUGCCGCGGUCGACUGCCAUCUCGCGCGCUACGCACCAGGGAGUUGACGCAGGCGAUCAAACAGACAGAAGAGACAAGCUCGAGAGAUGGACAGAGAGAGUCACCGAGGCGGAAGCGCCGCAGAGCCGCGCCCCCCCUGCACCGCUCUCUUCUGCUCCUGCCCAACGGCCGCGACACAGAAACGAAGAGUUGAAUCCACGUGGAGAGACAAACCGAACUGUAGAGGCAAGUCGACCUGGCAAGGAAAGCCGAGGCAACGAAGAAAGCAGAAGUGAGGAAAGCCGGAGUGGAGAAGAAAGCAGAGAGAGCAAAGGCAGCGAGAGUCGCGAGGAGGUCGAGGCCGCAAGAGCGCAUGCGCAGUCGGUCGCGCGUGGAAGACUCGGAGAAGGCCUGAGAAGCGAGCGAGAGGCAAGGCAGAAGGAGAGACUGUUGAGCGAGAGAGAAGCGCCGAAGGAGAAACACUCGAUGUACGCCGUGGUCGACUUGCACGCGAGAUUCCUCGUGGCUUCUGACGCAGAUCUCCUCCUUCUUCCUUGUCAUCAGAACGCGCCCGGGCACAGCCGUCGCUCCGCGACGAUGAGUGCAGGCCAGUUCGGCCUCGCUGCGCAGAGGCGAGGCCGCGAACAAGACGCGGGAGAAGAAGAAUACGCAGCUCUCUGGGGGACGCGUCACGCCAUCGAGUAUGAGGUCCUGGAGAACCACGACGAGACCGGUCGGCUGGCCGAGAUUUCUCGAUGCGAGACAAGUCCCGUGAGAAACCUAGAGCCAAGUCCAUCCUUUUCAAAUUCUUCUCCGUCUCCGUCAGUGUUUGCAUCUUCUGCCGUGCAUUCGUCGUUUUUGUGUCCUAGAGUGUGCCCGUCAGAGGGCGGCUCGAGGGCUGAAGCGGCCUUCUUGCGGGACCAGAGAGAGAGGGAGAACCGCCUGUUGGAGGGUCGGUGUUCUCCGCUUCUGUGCACGGUCGUCGACUCGGUUUUCGGCUCCGAGUCUCUCCUCGCCGACUUUCGCUCUUUCGUCAAGACGCCUGCUGUUGCAGGGUCUCUCGCCUUGACCUCGCCUCGUCGUGCGCGGCCUCUCGGACCUCCACCAGAAGACGCGGUUUUCUGCAGCACCCCGGAACGCGGAAAACGCAUGCAGCAAAACGUACUCCAGUCGGCGUGGCAAAGUCCGUCUCUGUUGGCGGCGAAGCCUCUCGAGAACGCCCUAGUUUCCGCCUUGGAAGACGCAGUUGCGUGCAUGGCUUUUUUGCGCGGAUCGACUGCCGCGCCGCCGCGACAGGACCUGCUGCUCUGCGCAGGAGCCGACGAAGCUGCGGAGCUCGUCGCCUCCAGAGGUGACACGGCCAGGAGAAAUGCACAUGCGCCUUCUUCUCGGCUCUCGUCGUUGCCAGCGAGUUCAAAGGCUGGAUGUGAAGGCCCUUUGCGCGUUCCACUGUUUGGGGACAGCCCCCUGCGAGACAUCUUUGGCAGAGACAAAACGUCGGCGUCGCUGGUUUUUCUCCUGACUCUUCUGCACCACCUCGUGCAUGCGCUGCGGCGUGUGCACCUGGAAAAGGCCUUUCUGUCUGGGCGCGAAACUUUUUCGGUGCCGGUCAUCUCGCCUGCGUCGUCUCUCUUCUCGUCGCCUGUCGCGUCUGCGAAGCGCCCGCUCCCCGCCUCGACCGGCCCUCGCCGCGCGUCUCUCUUGGAGCCCCAGCAGACGCGCCGGAGCGGCUCCGAGACUCUCGAUCCUUCUUCUGUUUGUUCCUAUCUCUCUUCUUCGCUCUCUUCUUCUCGCAUGAAGAGAGCGCCCUCGAUAUUUGCGGUUUCUGAGGCGCAGCUGAGCCGCUUUUUCACGAGCAGCGCGCUAUCUCUGAAGCUGCUUCAGGUCCUGUCUGACCCCGCCGUCGUGUUCAGUUUGUGUCCCCCGCUGUGGCUGUCACGCCUCUUGCGAGGCUGUGCAUUUCUGUUUCCCUUCUCUGCACGCAUGCUGUUUCUCUGUCAAAAUUCGCUAGGUUUGAAUCGGGCGCUUUGCUGUUUCGGCGAACGCGUGGGAGAGGCCGUAGAGCAUGCGGCGGCGCGGGGGGGAGGCGCCGGAAGUUUUGUGGUGUCUUCUCUCUCUCAGAGAAGCGGCGGCGCUCCUGCAAAUUCCAGGUUUUCCCCCCUCGCUCUCUCUGGGGCUCCCGCCGCGAGUGCCGGACCCGCAGGCGGUUCAGGAGCCUCCGUCUAUGCAUGGGGUACCGACCCCACGAGUCGAGCGUUGAUGGUCACCCUCGUGGCUCGCGUUUUCUCUCAGAUCAAAGGCAGCCAGAGGCAACAACAGGAAUUCGUCGCAGACCUCGAAUCGGCAGUUGUCCUUCCUCGAACAAAGGUGAAGAUUCACCGCACGCGAAUCCUCGACAGCGCGUUCAAGGUGAUGGAUCACUUUCACUCGUUGCUGUACAAUUCGCCAGGCAAGGGCGGCGGGAGUUUGGCCUCUCAGCAGCAACCGCUCUUGGAGGUGGAGUACUUCGGGGAAGAAGGUGUAGGCUCCGGUCCGACAGUUGAAUUUUACUCCGAGGUUCUGGAAGCCAUUCAGACUCACACAGCGCCCCGACUCUUCCGAGAUGCAAGCUCAGACGGUUGCUUCUUCCCCUUUCCCUACGCCUUUGACCCUCUCCGUCUCUCCCCUAGUCUCCUCGCCAAGCCUGCAUGCUCGUCUCUCACUUCUGCAAGUUCUGCAGGCAUGCCGUCUUCACGGUCCUCUUCUUCCUCUCCCGUCCGAGCCUCAACAUCGAGGCCAUCACCCCAGUCGUUCUCUUUUCCUUUGUCUUCCUCUUUGUCACCGUCUUCCUCUUCAUCUUUUUCUUCCUCUUCCUCUUCUUCCUCCUCUUCAUGUCCUUCAUCUUCUGCGUCUUCGUCUUCUUCCUCUCCCGUCCGAGCUUCAGCAUCGAGACCAUCCCAUCAGUCUUUCUCUUCUUCAACUUCUUCCUCCUCUCCUUCUUCGUCUUCUGCUUCUUCUUCGGCGACACGGCAAACACCAGAGGAAGGAAGCGCAGAGACGAGCGUCAGGUCAACUGUUUCUUCGGCCGUGACAUCCUCUGCGGGGAGACACCAGGAUGAAGGGGAAUCACAGAUUCCUCCACCUGCCUCCUGCACGCCAUGGCCUCUCUCUUCGCGCAACAGUCCCGGUCCUUCCGCACGGUCUCCUUCGUCUUCUUCGUCUGUGGUCAGUGGAGCGUCGACAGUGGAAGAGAAAGUCUUUCUUCUCUUUCGGCUGCUCGGCCAGCUUGCAGCGAAGGCGUUGCUGGACGGGAGAAGCUUCACAAUCGACUUGCGGCUUCACCCUGCCUUCUGGCGUCUCGUCCUUGAGAGGGAAGUCUGCACAUGCGGGCUUGUGGCGCCCGCGCUCACCUCUUUGUCGCCUCUGUCCGAAGACGAAAACCAAGGCGGCGUGCUUGCAGAAGCAGAGACGACUUCGCAGUGCGAACGACUCAGCAGUCGGGAAGACGAAAAUCCGCGGACGCUCAGCAAAGGGCCAUUCGAUGGAUCGGUCGACCGGAGGGUAACCAGAGCCCAGUUGAGGCGCGAGAAGGAACGAGAGGAGAAGCGAGAACGGGAGAAGAGAGAGGAGAAGAGGAACGGAGACGAGGAAGGAAAGCCGAAAAGGCGGUUCUGUCGAGCGUGCGUGAAAACUCACUCGCUAGGCUUGGUGGACCUCAACGAUGUAGACGAACAACUUGCUCGAAGUCUGCAACGGCUGCUCCUCUUCCGUAGUGAAGGAAACGAAGUGGAGGAGCUUGCGCUUGUCUUCGUGCUUCCAGGAACCGACAUCGAACUGGUGCAAGGUGGAGGCGAAAUUGCGGUGUGUAACGCGAAUCUCGAUUUCUACAUUCACCGCGUCAUCCAAGUUGUCCUCUUCGAAGGUGUCCUUCUCCAGGCCUAUGCGUUCCGAUACGGGAUCAGCACGUUCAUUCCUCUCUACAGCUUGGCGCUAUUCUCCCCCAAAGAGAGAGCUCAUGUGGUCUUCGGAGGCGGCGGGAGGGUUGCAGACAAUCGCUUCUGGAACAUCGACCAUCUCCGCGCCCACGUCGUCCCUGAUCACGGAUUCACUGCGUCAAGUGCAACGUACGUCGCCUUUUUAGAAGUUUUGACGGAAUUUUCUGUUGAGGAGCGACGGCGGUUUCUGCGAUUCGCCACGGGGACGCCUGUCCUGCCCCACGGGGGUUUUGCCUCUCUCCGACCCUUGAUGAAGGUGGUUCGAAAGCCUCAGGAGACCGGAGGCGAAGGCGCCACGUGCGACGACGUUCUGCCGUCAGUGAUGACGUGCACGAACUACAUAAAGUUGCCAGACUAUUCGAGCAAACAGGUUCUUCGUCGUCGUCUGAUUGUCGCCAUGACAGAAGGACAAGGAGCGUUUACUCUCUCGUGAGUGUGUGCUGCGGCAGGUGUUGUGGAUUUGCACCUGCACUUUUGGAACCGGAGUGGUUCGUUUUGCUCGGCAUUCUGACAGAAAAGGAAACGGUCAAUCGAGGUUCAACGCAACCGUAAUCAUCGCUCUAGAUGGGUUCUUAAGUCUGGGGUUUUCCGCCUGGCACUGCAUAGCAGAUAAAUGCUGCUAAAAGGCUUAUUUCCACGAAGCAUCGGCUCCCUUCAGAUUCCGUCGCACUCUGAGGUGCAAGGAUAUGUAGGAAUGAAACUCGCUGCGUUAUCAGAGCUCACAAAAUAACGGCAUUCAGCGCCGGUGGAUAAUGUUCCGGAGGGGGCAAAUCACUUGUAAAGAAGCGAGGGCGGGAAGAGCUGCAGUCUAACUACACGGGUUUCAGCAGCAGAAAGAGGGUAGAGGAGCGUGCGGCUGAAGAUAAAAAGGCGUCAGAGGCAAGGCGGUGGUGGUAGGCAACAUCAGUGGAAAAACAGUGGUAAAAUGCAGACGGGGCCCAACCGCUUUCGCGUAUUCUUCCCGGUGUUAAGCAUCGACAAAGGCUUUGGCCCGAAAUCAGGCGUGGCCCUCAUGCAAACCGUUGAAUCUGUCCUUAACAAAACAUGAUU